AUGAAAUCUAAGGAUAAACGAUCACGUCGACGACAACGAGAGAGUGACGCUUUCUCGCACUCCUCAGAUGGCUCACUAGCAAGUGGUCAGAGUCGCCAAAGUUGCAAAGCACCUAGACUCGACAAUGCAGAUCUGAUGGACAACAACCUGAUCGACGCGGAAGUGUGUGAUCGCUCUGAGUUUCUAAAUCUGUGGCUGGAGCAGUUGGAGGAAACUUCGCGAACGCUGCCUCAUGAAAAACUGCUUCAGCGCGUCGUCGAGCUUGAGACCGAGCUAGUCGACACUCAGGAGAAGCUCAAACGCGCUACAACCCGCCUUGAAACGCAAAAAUCAUCGUCAUCACAUGGACGCGCUCGCGCAAGACCCUACUACGUCCCCUUUGACAUCCAAAUGUAA